AUGAGCUUUGUUGAAGAUCUUUUAGACUGGAUCAACGCAAAUUAUAGAAUUGGAAUGGAUCCUCUUGAAAUGGAUGAGCAACUCACACAUGCUGCUGAUGUUAAAUUACAUAAAAAGUCAUUUCCGGAAAAUUAUGUUGAUGAUAAACAAAAAUUCGAGUUUCAUAUUGCAAACACAACCAUAAAUAAUGCUGAUGGCAAAGUGUCACAGAUUGUUCUUCAGCAAAUUGUCUCACAUUCAGGGAAAAAUUUUUAUCUUCAAAAUCCUGCUGCAAAAACCAUUGGAUAUUCUUUCAAAAUUACCAAAAAGGGUAUUUCCGGCUUAUUCAUUCUUAAUUUACCUCCCAGAUUCCAAUUACAAAUUAAUUUAUUCCCAAUUACAAUAGAAGCCAAAGAAAUUCCAGCUAAAGAAACGAAAGAGCAAAAACCAAAAGAACAACCAGUUACGAAGAAGCCAAUACAUUCAGAACCUCCAAAACCAAGUUCAUCAAGAAAAAUUUCGUUCGUUCCUCAUGUUGUAGAUUUCAUACUUGAUCGUGAGGUCAGUCCUGCCUAUGAGGAACUACAAUAUCAGUUAAUUUCGCAAUGGAAGCGUAAAACAGAAAAAGAAUUGAAAAUUGACGAAAAUUUGCUAAAACAGUUAAUAAUUUUACACUACAAAGCAGCAAUUGAAGAAACAAGUGUUGAUUUAGAAUAUUUAACGCCAAUUACAAAUAAUUUUGAAAAAUAUCAAGCAUUUGCAAGAGAUCUCAACUCAAAAGACGAAUGCAAUGAAAUGGCUAUGGAAAUCCUUUCUAAUUUCAAAGAAGAAGAAUUCCAAGAAUUUACAACAAUAAUUUGUUCAUAUGUUGACUUUAUUGGAGAACCAACUGCUGUAGUAAUUAUAGGAAAGGUUAAAGAUGAUCAUCCAGAAUGCAAUAUCUCAUUUACUCCAACAAUUGAACAAUUAUCAAAUAUUAUUCUUUCAAACAUCAAUACGAUCAGAAUAAAUAAGAAUUUGACAAUUACAGAAGAAUUCACAUUGAAUCAUUUCUCAGAAGAGACAAUAAAUGAUUUAGAUAAAUCUCAAUUAACUCUUUCAAAGCCAACAAGCGUCCAACCGCUUAAAUCAAACAACAAAGGGUUAUGCUUUAUAUAUUUGAUUCCUUCCGACAAAUCAUUUGCUGAUAUUAUCAAUUUAGUUUUUGAUGAUAAAUUUACAAGAGGAAGUAUCGGCCAAUUCAACAAUUUUGGUAUUGCAAUCCAAUCAGUUCAAGUAGGAGAAACAAAUUGCACACUAAUUGCUAUUACUAUCCUUUCUUCAAAGUUUUCUAAGUAA